AUGUCGGGUUGGAAGGAUAAAGGUACGGGUUGGAAGGAUAAAGGUAUAGGUAUUGUCAAGAAUGGUUGGCAUCCUGAGAAAGAAGGGACAUCACUUAAGGAUCAAGUCAAAGGCCUUGUUGGGCGGGGAGAUAAACCGUCUUCCCAUUCUUCUUCCGAUCGUAGCACCACCCCGAUAUCCUCGUUGCGUGAUCCAUCCUCUUUUGGUCCUCCCCCUAAGCGUACCGGAGUUAGCGGGAACGCGACUGAAUCCAGGUCUGAAAGUCCCGUUUCUUCCGUACAUUCCGGGCACACAUACGGCGUCCAGCAACAGCACCACCACCAGCAGGUAGAAGAGCCUACAGUAGAACCCAGGCCUUACAGAGUCGAUACCACGGGAUUGUCAACAGCAAAUCUCCCUCCUCCGCCCGUGAGAAGAGGCAGCCCGGAUAAACGAGAUCCGAUCCUGCCUCCCUCUUCACACGUUAAACCGAGCGGACCACCCUCACUGCCCCCUCGGCUCCCACCGCGUAGCGGAAACGCGUCUCCAGUCCAAACACAAAGCCCCGUCUCGACGGGACACAACCAAUCCUCAAAUUAUCUAAACCAAGGAGCUAUCAAUCGAUUAGGAGCGGCUGGGAUUUCAGUCCCGGGCUUAGGAAUCGGAGGAAAGGCGGGAAGUCCUACCCCUCCGUUACCUCCUGCUCGAUCACCAACUACGGCGCCAUCUACAGGGGGACUAUCAACAAAGCCAUCUAACGGACAAUUAAACGAGCUACAAAGCCGCUUCUCUCGCCUCGGCACCAGCAAUACUCAACAAGAGUCCACAACCGCACCAGCGCAGGGCACUACGUGGGCAGAGAAACAGGCAGCGUUAAAGACAGCAGCGAGUUUCAGGAAAGAUCCCUCAUCCGUAUCAUUUGCAGAUGCCAAAGCCGCGGCUGGAACAGCGUACAACUUCCAUCAGAGGCAUGGGGAUCAAGUCGCAUCGGGGUUAAAAACAGCAAAUGAGCUAAAUCAACGAUAUGGUGCUGUAGAGGCUAAUGGGCAAGGAACAACGACAUCAUCAAUGGGGCAGAUUUCAGGGGUCUUAGGAAAGAAGAAGCCUCCUCCCCCACCGCCGGCUAAGAAACCUCAACUAUCCGGGGCCGGUAGCGAAAGUGUUCCACCCCCUGUACCGAUGGCUUCGAGACCGAAAUUUUAA